AUGCAGAGUACCAGCUGCUCGGGCAAGGGAGGACGCCAAGUAUGUCGGUCGCGAGUUGGCUCUAGGGGGAACGAGGCGAGUGGAUACUACAAGUGGAGUCUCUUCAACCAAAAUAAGAAGCAGGAGUCGGCAAGGACUGCUGAGCACGAGCAUGAGCUGCCCUUUUGUCUCACCACACGGCCCUGCGGGCGAGCAGAUUGUGCAGCCUUCUUGAGAAAGCGCGAGAUACCAGACGGGAAAUCCCUACUGAGCAGAACUUAG